ACAAAAUCUCUCUCUCCUCUUUCUCUUUCAUAAAAUCUCAAACAAAAUCUCUCUCUCUAGCGAAGGAAGGCACGAGAAUAAAACACACCCUCCCUCCCCUUUCUCUCUUAUAAAAUCAAAAAAAUCUCUCUCUCUCGAACAAAAUUACAACUACAAUAAUGAAAAUUUCAACAAAAGGGGGGAUAUCCAAAAAAACCAACAAAAUCAUAAGCCCCCUCUUUGCCUGUUCAAUUCUCCGCCAUUAUCGCUUCUCUCUCCCUAUCCCUCCUACCUUGCCUGUUCAAUUCUCCGCCAUCAUCGCUUCUCUCUCUCUCUCUCUUUUUCUUUCUUUUGUGUCUCUAUAUUUCUCUCCUCAUUUUCUCUCUCUACUUUGCUUUUUUCUGUUCCUUUGUCUUUGUUUUUCUAUGCAAUGCACGAAGAAGCUUUAAUCUCUGGAGCUGUUCAGUAGCUCUAAGGAGUUGCUGAAAUGGCUGACGAUUGCUGGAUCCUUAAUAAGAUGCUUCUGUUGAUCUUUGCGAUGAUCUGUGGAGUUUUCAUUUGCUUUGUCUGUUUAAAGCAGAUAAGCACACAUGUGCAGCCCAUGUACGUUGUGCCAAACAUUAUUAUGGUCGGAACUCCUUGUCCUGAUAAUAGUAUUGAACCAGCAGAUAGUUUGUAUUUGCACUACCCGCAACCUACGACUUAUGGAAGGGGUGAAUGCAGGUGUACUCCUGUUCGUCAUUUUUCAAUCUUGUCCAUGCAAAGGUCUGGAAGUGGGUGGUUUGAAACAUUACUCAACAGCCACCCCAACAUUAGCUCCAACGGAGAAAUUUUUUCUGUUAAAGAGAGACGAAGUAACAUUUCAUCUGUUUUGAGGACUUUGGAUAAGGUUUACAAUUUAGAAUGGACUAGUAGUGCUGCCAAAAAUGAAUGCACAGCUGCAGUUGGUUUUAAGUGGAUGCUUAACCAGGGUCUUAUGGAAUAUCACAAGGACAUUGUUGAUUACUUCAACCGGAGGGGUAUUUCUGCAAUAUUUCUAUUUCGACGGAAUCUCCUCCACCGGUUGGUUUCAGUACUUGCAAAUGCCUAUGAUCGUGAUGCAAAGCAAUUAAAUGGCACACACAAAUCCCAUGUACACUCAAAGCAAGAGGCAGAGGUGCUAGCAAAAUACAAGCCAACGAUUGAUAGCACAUUAUUAAUAACAAACCUAAAACACAUAGAAGACAUUACUGCUGAUGCCCUGAAAUUUUUCAAGAGCACUCGCCUUAUAAUACUCUACUAUGAAGAUCUCAUCAACAACCAAAAGAAGUUAAUGGAUGUUCAAGAGUUCCUUAGAGUGCCUCGUAGGGAUUUGCAGAGCCAUCAAGUUAAGAUUCACACCAGGCCCAUUUCGGAGCAAGUGGAGAAUUGGGAUGAUGUCUACAAUACACUGAAGGGCACCCAGUAUGAAAUCUUUCUCAAUCAAUCAGACUACGCAUCUAAUUGAUAUGUUUCUUCAUAGGAAACACAAGUUAAGCUCUGGAUGUUGUAAAUAUGCCCGUUCUCAUUCUUUAUUCUUAACCCGAGGGACCAUCAGACCGCUUACCCCACCUCAUCUGUAAUUUGUCUGAUGCACAUGAGAAUUUUGACUAAUGCACCAGCAUCACGUGUUUUUGCUCUCACUGAAGCCUAAGUUAAAUCACUAGCAGGCUGCCUUAUGGUUGUAAUAUGUUGCAAGAUUUCAAUGAAAUCUGAGGUUAGUUCUCGAUUAA